AGACCGCACCGCCGGGUCAGUGGCGAGGGGGCCGAGUCGCCGGUCACUGGCGGAGAUCCUCACCAUCGGGUCAGUGGCGAGAGACAGUGACACACGGUCAAGUAACGAGAGGCAGUUCCACCGGGUCAGUGGCGAAGGAACGUGCCAUCGAGUCAGUGGCGAGAAGCAGUGCCAUCGGGUCAGUGGCGAGGAAAUCCCACCGGAUCUGUGACGAGGAGCCGUGCCUCUGGAUAGUGGAAAGAGACCUCGCCAUCCGGCAAGUGGCGAGAGAUCGUGUCACAAACUCGCAACAUGACUCGCCAGCUCUGGCGGCUGGCGGCGCUGCUGCUGGGGGUGACCUCGGCGGCGGCCCAGCUGAUCUGCGUGCCGCUCGUCUUGUGUCCCGAGCUGAUGGAGGACCCCAAUACCAACCUGCUGGGCCGCGACAACGCCUGCUUCCUGCGAGACCGCUCCGAUGGAGGUCUAUGUGUCGGCGACACCAGCGCCGGCAUCCUCUCGCUGGACUACCUGCCGCCGGCCAAGCCGACCGUGGACCCGGCCGACGCGGCCCGCGUGCGCCGCGAGGACGAGCCGCUCCGGAAGCGCCUCAGGCGGUACGAGCAGCUCAUCAUCGACCAGAAACUGCCGCCGGAUGAGGUGAGCGACCUGGUGUGUGAGGCGGAGAAGCAGGCGCUGCGCGUGGAGUCGGUGGUGCUGAAGCUGGCGCUGAAAGACGCGAACCUGGCACUGCCCAACUCGCCCGAGGAGCUGCAGCUGCUGUUCGCCGAGCCGCAGGGGCGCGUGGCGCGGGCGCUCGGCCUCGUGGCGCAGCUGUCUGCCAUCAUGCUGGCCGGCCUGCAGAAGUUGGGGGCGCUCUUCAAGGUGCCGCCCGUCGACCCGGUGGAAUCCAACGCGGCAUUCUCGCUGCCGCCGCCGAGCGACGAGGUGCUGGAGUUCGGCUCGCUGCUGCUGCCCAACUGCACGCCGCUGCCGGUGCCGGAGUGCGGAGACGCCACACUCCGCUACCGCACGCACGACGGCUCGUGCAACAACCUGCUGCGGCCGCGCGCCGGCUCCGCUAACUCGCAGUACUCGCGCUACUUCCCGUCCGAGUACGCGGACGGCGUGAGCGAGCCGCGCGCCGCCGGCGCCGCCGGCCGACCGCUGCCAUCGGCGCGCUUCGUCAGCGCCGCGAUCGGCAACAGCAACACGGCCGACGGCGAGGACGGCUUCCGCACCAUCGCUCUCACGCUCUUCGGCCAGUUCGUCGACCAUGACGUGACGUCGACGCCCGAGUUCGCGCUGGAGGGCGAGGAAGACGAGACGGACGAGUCGGCGGUCCCAGGCAUCGGCUUCAACUGCUGCCACCGCAACGGCUCAUUCCCGUCCAAGUCGCUGCAUCCAAUGGCGUGCAACCCGAUCCGCGUGCCCGAAGACGACCCGUACUUCUCGCUGCACGGCGUGAACUGUAUCAGCCAGGUGCGCUCGCUGCCCGCGCCGUCCGAGGACUGUCUGGCGAGACCGCUCAACCAGCAGAACCAGAUCACGCACUACCUCGACGGCAGCAACAUCUACGGCAGCUCGGAAGCCGAGUCGACCAAGCUGCGCGCCGGCACCGGCGGCCUCAUCAGCACCACCAACCCGGGCCGCCUGCUGCCACGAGACGAGAAGCGCUGCGCGAGGCGCGCCGCCGACUGCUUCGUCUCCGGCGACCACCGCGCCGGCGAGAACGUCGGGCUCGCGUUCGUCCACCUGGUGUGGACGCGCGAGCAUAACCGCGUGGCGACGUUCCUGGCUGCGCGCCACCCGGACUGGGACGACGAACGGCUGUACCAAGAGGCGCGCCGCAUCGUGGUCGGCGAGUACCAGCACGUGGUGUACAACGAGUUCCUGCCAGCGAUCCUCGGGUACGGGUACGUGCGCGACCGCGGCCUGAAGGCGGGCGACCGGGCGCGUGUGGCCGCCUACUCGGCCGACACCAUGCCCACCAUCACGACCGAGUUCUCCUCAGCCGCCUUCCGCUUCGGCCACUCGAUGGUGCACGACGUGUUUCGCCUGCAGAGCAGGUCGGGCCGCAUGUGGCGCCUCCCCCUCGAGGAAACCUUCUUCAACAGCACGCACCUGCAGCUGCGCGGGAUCGUGGGCGACCUGGCGCGCAGCCUGACCUCGCAGCUGCCGGGCCGCGUGGACACGACCUUCAGUCCGGCUCUGACACAGCACCUGUUCGCGCCGACCGGCAAGCCCGGGCUCGACCUCAUCGCGCUCAACAUCCAGCGCGGCCGCGAGCACGGCCUGGCCAGCUACGUCACGGCGCUGGAGAACUGCGUGGAGCACGACGUGGCCGGCUGGGACGACUUCCAGCCGUACAUGACGGCAGAGGCCGUGGAGCAGCUGCAGGCCGUGUACGACGACUUCCGCGACGUGGACCUCUUCGUGGGCGGCGUGAGCGAGCGGAGGUUGAGCGGCUCCGCCGUCGGCACCACCUUCCAGUGCAUCAUCGGCGAGCAGUUCUUCGACCUGCGCUACAGCGACAGAUUCUUCUACGACAUCCGGGACCAGCCGAACAGCUUCACUGUGCGACAGCUGGAGCAACUGCAGCGUGCCUCGUUCGCCCGGAUCCUGUGCGACAACGUGGACGGCCUGAACGAGAUGCAGCAGCUGGCCUUCUUUCAGCCGGACUUCUUCCUGAACAAGAAGCAGAACUGCAGCGAUCUUGCCAUCCCCACCAUCGACCUCAAGCCGUUCUAGUGACGUCCCAUCCUGCGGCGGUGUUCGAGCGGCCGCACAGGCCGGAGACCGUCUGUAAAUCUGGGGAUGUUCUCGAACGAGCAGUUAGAUCUGCAAUACACUCCCUGACAUGGUGGCGUGACGGCACUGAAGAGGUGUCCGAAGGUCAGCGACGGACCUUCUGAUCACCAGCUGUCUUCACGAGGAGACUAUUCAGUUGACCGUCAUGGAUUAUCUGGUCUUCCCGCAUGGCAGCGCUGAUCGUCCGGGAGUCCGGAGGUGCUGGUUGCGUCGAAGCGACAGCAGCAGGGUGAACAUCAGCGACGAGCACCGCACUACAUCCCCGAACUGUUUCAGUGGUAGCACUGCGCCGGUCCGAACCUCUGGCACGGGCGCUCUGUGGUCCUGAGGCUGCCUUAUGAACAUCUGUGAGAGAGCGCCCCGCUGUCGCGUCUCUGCCCGGAACAGGGCCGGACCGGUGACGCAAGUGACGCGGAUAUGUCCCAACUAUGGCACUGGCGGUGACCGGUGCAGUCGGUGUACUGUGCCAUGCACCUUAGCGUGCGAGGUUCCACUCGACACGCCCGGUUAGAUCGACCACCCUGGACCAGGCGAUGAACUGAGGAGCGGCGCUCCCGGCCAGGGGGCGGUGUGCGGACAGGUCAGCGCCAAUCACAGGCGGACAGACGCGUCACGUGACUCGUGACGUGAGCGAGGUCGUCAAAUCCCGGCGCUGGAAGUGACUAUUCACCGUGAAAUGUUACCAACUGUGUAUCAUGGAAACCAAUGCGCUUCCGGCACUGAUAAACGAAUGUCUCUAACUUUCGGCUGCGCUAACUGGAGCAUUAACCGUUCACUAGGAAGACAAUUAACGGUCGUUAAAUACUGCUGUCUUGAUCCCAGCUGUGGCCUGCUCGAUACAAUGCAGCUGUCAAUCUCCCAGCCAGUUAUCCUUAAGUCGAAGUCAGCCGCCCAUAAAAAGACAUCGGGUUUGAUUAGAUUUUCCGUGUACAUCGCAUGCAAUAGAAAGGACUGGUUGUUAGGUAUGUCAGAAAUAAAGCACC